AUGCCAAGACGCCAACAAGAAAAGAAAUCAUCAACCGAACAAAAGAAGAACGCCGUCACUUUCAGACUCUUUCAAGGAGGAGUAAACGGCAGCAAUACUGUUUGGGUUCCGACAAAUCUACAAAAUCAAUCGGAAAAAGCCAAAGAAACAUAUGAAAAAUUGAAGAAAACUUUAGGAGAUGUGAUCGAAGAGGAUGUGGAAGAAGAACCAAAGGUCAUGUUUGGUCUUCAAAAGUUGAUGGAUAUGCAAAAUGAUGGCGAGUUUAAUGAUGAAGAGGAUGAUGAUGAUUUUGAAUUUGAUGAAGAAAUGGUUUCCGAAGAGACUGAAGAAUCACACAAAGAGCGACAAAGAAGGACCGUUGGUGGUCUAUUUCCCGAUGAUGGAUAUGACUAUUCAAAGCAUAUCAAAAAGAUUGGAGGUGGUACUUUUAUCAGUGCCUUCGGAAACGAAACAUAUCAAAUGCCAUCUAUACUCUACGAGGAGAGUCCUGCCCAAAAAGAAGAGGAAUUGAAAGAGUAUGAUGAUGAAGAUGAAGAAGAAUAUGAGGAUUCGGAAGAGGAGGAAGAAGUAAAGCCAACAUUAGAAUCACUUAUUAAUGGGGAGAAGGAACCAAAAGCAGGCAGCUCUUCUGAACUUAAUGAUUCAAAGAUCCCAUUCAAGCUUAGACCAGAUUUUAAAGCCUAUGGCUUGGAAAAAUAUGCUCAUGGCAAAAUAGAUACUGAAAUUGAGACAAUUUUGGAGAGAGAUGGAGAGACUGAAUCAGAAGAAGAAGAAGAGGACGAAAAUGAAAAAGUAAAUCCAUUGGAUAAAUAUGGAGAAGACUAUGAUGAUUUCUUUGGCGAAAUUGUUCAAGAAUUAAUAAUGGAAAAAGCUGAAGAAGAAGAAGGUGACGAUGAAGAUUAUAUAGAUGAAGAUGAUGAUGAAACACGUCCUAGAGUCUUCAAUUUUGAUAAUGAUGAGCCACUACCAAAAGAAUUGCUCAAAAAAUUUUUGCCAAAAGAAGAGUUGAUUUUAAUUGAAGAGGAAGAGGCAAAGAGAAAUGCAAACAAAAAAUCAAAAACUACAAAAGCAUCUGUGACAGCCAAGAAAGAGGCUAAAAUGGACGAAAAACCAACCAACCAAGCAAAAAAGAAAGUGUCUUUUACUGUAGUUGACGAAGAUGAUGGUGAUGAUGGUGAAUGGGAAGAUGAAGAUGGUGAAUGGGAAGAUGCAGAAGAUGAAGAUGGUGAAUGGGAAGACGCAGAAGACGAAGAAGAGGAGCCUGUUUUCACAAAGUCAGAAAACAGAAAACAAUUUGACCAAGAUUUUGACAUUUUCUAUAAGAAUGCAUAUGCUGAUGAUCAGAUUGGAGAAUUGGAUGAUAAUGACCCAAAGCUGAGAGAAAAUACUGAAUUUGAUGCAAAGCGAGUGAAUGAUUUGCUCGAAGACUUUUUCACAGAGCAAAGAAGAAGAUUUGGAGCUGGUGAAUUCAAAAAGAGCUCAACAAUUACAGAUGAAGAAUUGAAAGAGAUUGAGGCACAGCUUCCUCCUGAUGUGAAAGUUUUCCGAAGAGAAGACUUUGAGAAGAUGCGAGAACUAUCUCCAGAAGAAAGAUACAAGAUGGUGGUGAGACAAAUGGAAAGAAUUGAAAAAGAGGAAGCUAAAGGAGAAACAGAAGUCAUUACCAUUCCUGAACGAGAUAAUCGAUGGGACUGUGAGACCAUUCUAACCAGUUACACAAACAUUUAUAACCAUCCGUCAGUCAUUGAUGAUGCACCACGAAAGAAAAAACCAAAACAAAUCAAAUUGUCACAAAAGUCUGGUUUACCUAUUGGAGUUAUCGGCAAACAAAAGGUUGACAUGAGUGAGGAACAAGUUGACGAAGAUGAUUUUGAGGAGGUUGUAAAUUUAGGCCAGGCAAGAAAUAAGAACGAAACAAAAGAAGAACGCAAGGAACGAAAGAAAAAGGCAAAGGAAUUGAAGAGACAAAAACGAGAGCAAAAAAAGAAUCUCAAAACCACUUUCAAAGAAGAGGCGCUUAAGCAACAAAAACUCUCUGUUAAUCCUUCGGCCCAACAAAAAGUGGUCGUGAAAUAUUAA